GCAGCAGGACAAGUCAAACUCGCCUUCCCUCCGAUGAGAUCCCGACCCAAAUCUUCUCUCGGAUUCGGAUCUCCCCCUCCAAUCCCCAUCAGCGCCGGCGGCUAAUGACACGCGAAAUGCACGCCGUCCUCGCCGGGAUCCCGCAGUCGGUCCGGCCCGCGGUGCUGAUCGCCUCGACGUGCGCGCUGCUCCUCCUCGCCACCGCGCUCCUGCUCCCCCGCGCCCCUCCUGCGCCGCCGCUGACCACCGGCGCCGCCGUCCGCCUCGACGCGCGCGUCACCCGGCGGAGCGGCAACGAGGUGCUGUGGCAGCUGCCGCCCGCGUCGACCCCGCUGCGGGCCGCGCUGUUCGCGGCGCCCGGGUGCACCAUCCGCGCCACCGACUUCUUCGACGCCUCCACCGGGUGCCCGCGCUGCGCGGGGCUCCCCGAGGAGCGCCGCUUCACCCGCGCCGCGCUCGCCCGCGGGUACGCCGUCCUCGCCGUCUCCAGCCGCGCCGAGUGCUGGUCCCUCGACGCCGGCGGAGAGGGGGGCAGCGAGCUCGCCGCGGUCGAGUCCAUCAUCAAGUGGUGGACCACGGAGGAGUUCCCCCAGCUCGCGGGCCUCCCGCUCGUCGGCAUCGGCGCGUCCUCGGGCGGGUACUUCCUCUCCGCGCUUGCGGCGAGGGUCAGGUUCAGCAGCGUCGUCGUCAUGAUCGCCGAGGGCGUGUACGGGGCCAUGGCCGACAUCCCGGCCGGGUACCCGCCGGCGCUGUUCGUGCACAUGCCCAAGGACGCCGAGAGGGCGGGACUGGUGGCGGACAGCAUGGGCAAGCUCAAGGCGAAGCGCGUCGACGUGCGGGAGAUCCGGUGCGAUGACUUCGCCGUGAGCGCGGAGUUCCUGGCGGAGAGGGUGCCGGGGCUCACCCGCGCCGUCGCCGACGCGCUGGUGGACGUGCUGCGCCGGAAGGGGUUCGUGGAUGAGAAGGGGUUCCUGAAGAAGGACGGGAGGAGCACACCGUGGAAGAAGGCGGCGGAGGAGGCCAAGGUCUUGCCGGAGGGGUUCAAUCUGGAGAGGCAUGUCAACGAGGAGCUGAAUGUUGCCUAUGCAUACCAUGAGUUUACCAGCCUCAAGAAUACUGAGAUCUUCGAAUGGUUCGAGUCCCAUAUGAAUCAUUAGGACUGAAGUCUGAAGGCAUGCCACGGUGAACCGAGUAAUUGAGCAAAUCAGUCUCAUGGAAUUCUGAUGAUUGUUAGAAGAUGAAUGAAUUUUGACCAUUAUCCACAUAGCUGGAAAGUUAGAGCAAAAUCUUAUGCAAGACUUCUGCUCACUGAUGUACAAUGUCCAUUCGUAGUUUCUGGUAUGUUCGUAUUUCUCUUUGCCACAUAUGUUCCUUGUUAGUGCAAAUUAUAGAAAGCAAGAAAAUGUGUUGAUUUCCGGGAUUCCAGAUUUCUUUGGACUGUGCAUAGAUUAAUUGGCAUCUCAUGCUGUAGUGUCUGAAUCUUUGGUCUAAUCCAACCAAGUUAACAUAUAAAGACAUCACGUCACCAUGCAGUGCAAACACACAUUUCGUUGCUAUCAUUAUAUUCAUCUGCCAAGUGUGCAUUAUGUCAGUUAACAGAGUUGCAUGUACUGUCUGUGAUAGAAAUAACUUGAAAACUGAAUUACCCCCUUGUGACACGAGAUAUGAAAUUGUUAGCCCUGAUGCACCCUGAACAAUUGUGCAAUCACAAUGCAAAUCUUCUCAAUUUUUUUGCCAAUUUUUUAGGCGUCUUAGAUAAUCAAUAUAAUUCUGCACAAUAAUGCUGCAUAUACUAGAAUGGCUGUUAGAGGCUGAGAACCGAGCUGAUUAACAGCAACUUAUCAGAUACAGAGUAAUAUCAAGAUGUUUGUUUGAGAUUUUUGGGAACAUAUCAGAUGCAAACCAACCUUGUGCAAACCAUGCAAAUUUCAAUCUGGACCACCGGAUCAAAAUCCAAGGGUGUGCGUAGGGGGAGUGGGAGGGGGAUUUGCAAAAGCGUGGUGGUUAAUUGUAAAAUUACCCAAUCCCCCCAUGCCCCUUGGAUGUUGAUCCGGUAGCCCAGAUUGAAGUUUGCAUGGUUUUCACUAAGAGGUUGGUUUGCACUUGAUAUGUUCCCGAGAUUUGUUGCCUGUAGUACCUUGGUCCUGGGUUUGCUUUGAAAGGUGUUUUGAAGAAAAUAGAGCAAGGGCAUAAUAUAAUCAUUCAACAUGAGCAUCACUGCUUUUGGGUGAAUGAACAUCCAAUAUUUUGCUGGAAAGGGGCCUGCCACCACUUAUCGCUUACUAGUGAGAUUCCCCAACUUGCAUGAUCAUUGUAGUCAGGUCUAUCUGGCAGUUUAGCCAGAUGCAGAUUAACAUCUGUGCAAAAAUAAAAGUUAUUUAAAGUGACCACUAUACUGUUGACUCCUAAAAUAUACCGGAAUCGCUAUCUUAACCAACAAAAUUAACAAGUUAAAUACUUAUUCAGGCACUGAAUACUUUUACCCAGGAAUUAGUUGCAUAGAAAUAGCAGUAUCACUCGAUUUGGCCAUUUGGGUAUGUUCAUAAUAGCAGCAUCACCAUUACCGCCUGCUUUGCAAGGUAGUUCAUCUACUAUUAAGACUCAGCUCUUUACUCCAAAUUUCACCUGGAUGAAAUUAUAAACAUCUAUCAGUAAAUUGGCACUUAACAUUUCAUUGCACAUCCAACUUUCUGAAGAGCUAAAGUGAUAGGUCAAACUGAUCAUACUCAUUGUUCAUGGAUUAAAUUGUAUACAUCCUUUAUUUAAAUCCAAAAUAUCCAUCCUUGUUUAUCUCAAGGUUUGCCCUGUGGAGUAUUUGUAUGAUUUUACCAAGAAUACAGUUAGUUCAUUCACCAGAUCCACUAGAGGAAAGAUGUAGUUACUCCUUUUUUUUUCUGGUUGAAGUGAUAUUUAGUGUCAUAUGGAGUUUAAAAUUGUAACAAUUUUAUCUAUUCUUUGUCGGUGUAUAGACAAUAAGACAGCCGGCAGUCAUGAACUUCUAAUAUUGAAACUGGACUAGGACUAUUCUUCUGUUCAAAGUUCAAAACUGAACAUAGAAAGAAGUUUCUUUAAGCUCAGAAACAGGAAAGGGUUUACAGCAUCCAACAUAUCUUAGACAGUGGUACUAAAUGAAAAACCAAAUGAAAUCAAAAUAACUUCAUCAAUAUAUAUUAUUGGAUGAUAAUAUUACACGACAAACCAAUAAAUUACAGGAAAUAAUUCGUCAACAUAUCUUAGAGGUGAUAUUACACAAGAAGCAAAAAAAAAUACAGGAAAUUCAUGGAGGAGAAAAAUGAAGGGUAACAUCAGUUGAGGAAAACAAUUUAGACAGGAAACAUCCUUGUCUAGAAGUGGUAUUCAUUUGCCUUCUUGAAUAUCCCAGCCUGGGCAGAAGCAGCACCAUCUGAUGUAAUGGCCACAAUGAUGCAAUCCUUCACCUGCUGGGUGGUGAAAGGAAACUUCUUGUUCACAAUGGAAUUGAGGCAGUACCAAAAGUCUUGCCGAUGUUGCCAAGGGAUCCAACAACUGCAGUGAUCAUGUCUGGGUGGCUCUUCCAGUAGCUGCAAUUUUCAUGCCAAAAUGAUCAUGUUAAAAUUGUUCACUCUUUGAUGUUUGAUACUUAUGAUGUGUACUCAUAUGGGCUCUUACUCGCAGGAUCCAGUGAAUCUGUGCUUUGGAAUUUCAGGGAUCCCAUAGGAAGGUGUACUUGGGGUGCUUGGUGUUGAGCCGUAAGAUGGUGUUGGCGUUGGCUUGUACCCGCCUCCUGUCCCGUACGUCGGAGUUGGGGAGCUACCAUCUGUAUAAUACAGCAUUUCACAAUAUUGCAAAGUCUGUACUAUUACUACUACCAAGGACUGAUCAAAUAAAUAUGUUACACAAAAGGAAUAGGGUCAGAGAAAAUAAUACAGCUGGGAGCAGAUGAGUAGGUGUAGGUCUUCUGCUCAGACAACUCUGCCAGGCUCCUGCAUGAGCUCAGGCUGACGAGUCCCACUAGUACAGCACUGACAAGAAGAACCUUGGUGGCCAUCUUGCUCUCGACGUCUACAAACAAGACUGAAUAUAUGGCUGAAGAACUGGUUGAGAAACUAGAGAUGCUUAAGUUGAUGAACUGAGUACCCUUCAGGCACAUAUAUAUACGUUCGAGCAGUGCUCCACAGUUCCAUUGAUGCCAUUGCAUGCAUGUUCAUCAGACUGUUAGUAGUUGGCCAACAUUUAAUGAUCUUAGUUUGUCCAGCUUGUCGCAGUGGUGGUCUGCUUGCUCCUAACUAGCAAAGUGAAGAGCUUACGCACUGAGGAUUUUAGCCCAACUUCUUUACUAUGUAAAUUUUGCCAAAAAAAAGAGAGAGAAAAGGUAACCGAGGUAGAGCUUCCUUGGACUUUGGACAGGUUUCUUUUGACAGAGAAUGAGGAUAUUUCCCAGUCCUGCAGAUUUAAUUGGAACCGCUGCCUGCCACCUACUCGGUUAACUAUACCUCGAGCUGGACUCAACGAUCUGAUCCCUGAAUUGGCGUACUGAAUCUGUUGAACUUAUUGAUGGAAAAUGGGUUUGGUGUGCUUCUCUGGUCCAGCUGAAACACAGAAGGAUGGAACUAGUUUGUUCUGAAUAACUAUGGAGAAGCUGAAGGUAUUUUGGCUCAACUUAAAUGCACAUGAUUUUGCCAGAUUUCAUCACAAGCCUGAUAUCUUCACAGGCACAUCUGGUAACUUAAUUGAAACUGAUUUUUCCACUGCAAAUUUUACUCCUUCACAUUCAAAAUUUUGCUUAUAGCCUGUCAGAAUAGUGGUGCAUAGUCCUCUGCAUUUCUGUGUAUUAUUCUGAUUGUAUCUGCCUAGCUUUUAGUGCCUUACUGUAGUAACAGUGCAUUUCUGCAGCAUUCAUCCAUCACAUCGCACCUGGUACCAUGUUUUUAGCCCCUGAAUGUGAUGCCGUCUGCCAUUUACAAAUUACAAGGGCCUCCUCUAUUUUUACAACAUCAUCGGACAUGUUACUGUAUUGCUAAUGAACUCGCAUGAGUGAUUCAUGUGCAGCUCACUUCGGAAUUACGACUAUGUACUGAUCUUUUAGAGGCAUAUAUUGGUAUAGGUCUAGCGUACGCUUUAGGGGUGCGUGUUGGUGUGUGUAGUAGAGUGUGGUGUGCGUGUGUUUGGGCGUGCGUGCAUUCAGAUACUACAACCUAUAUCUGGAUUUGAGGAAUCAGGAAGAAAAAUGCAAAGUUCAGAAAUGAUCA